CAUGCGUGUGCAUGCAGUACGCCCUCGACCGAGAUGAAUCCGUCGCAUCAGUUACCACUCCAUCAUCUUCAGCCUACCGCGCUACAUCUCCAUACUAUCCCCCAGGAGCUGCAAAGCCUCGAUGGCAUCCCGACCGAGGCCAACGAUGCCUUUUUCCAGCAGCGCUAUAACCACCACCACCACCUGAACGCCCCCAGUCCCCACACGCUACACUUUCCGAGCCAUGGAAUACCGCAGGGGCAGUCGCAUUUUCCCCCAUUCCAAGGAGCAGAGGAAUAUAGGAGGACUUUUGACUUGAACGCGCCGCCCCCUCAGCAGCAACAGCAGCAGCAGCAUGAACAGCACCAACAACCACUACCUCCUCCUCCUCAACCGAUACAUCCAAUUAGAGCACAGGCACCGCCGAACCAGCAAAUCCGCCGACCGAUCCGCGAGGUGCCUCCGCCGCCUUCAAGGCCUCCGGCUCGAACACAGGUACAGGCGCCGCCUCAUCAGCAGAUUCAAGAGGUAGCUCCACCGCCACAGUUCAUCCAGGGUCAACUUCCAGUCCAGGACCGAGUGCAAAACGUGCAAAACCAAACACAGUCGCAACCACAAGGCCAGACGCGAGAAGGGGAUGAAGCGCCAGUAUCAAACCAUGGCCAGCUUGAAGGCCUGAAGUUGAUCGCUGCUCCACCAGGUCUUGAAGAAUGGAGAGAGAAACUAUUCCACGUCGAUGAUACCAUCACUCUGACCGAAGAGGAGUUCCAAACCUACUUCCCGCACGUCGACAAUGUUUACUCGCAUCGCUCGACUCAGCGCCACAAGCGCAAACGUUUUGUGUCACAUUACUGGGACUGCAGACUAAAGGGGCGUCCACCCGGCACGAAGAAGUCGACAGAUCCGGACAAGAAGAAAAGGAAACGCGUAGCUCGCGAACGCGAUCUUUGUGAUGUGAAAAUCAAAAUCACCGAAUACUUCGACGGAGAUGAACUCACUGAGCAAACAGGGCAGGCACCGCCUGGGGUGCCGACUAUGUCAUCUAUGAGCGAUGCGGCAAGUAGUACUAACCAGUUUUUCGGGCAAACAAAUGGUGCUGGAGCUGGGUGGAGCGCACCGCCAGGAAUGACAAUGGCUCAGGCGGUUGCAAAUUCGAAGCAGAAAUUUUACACCAUACAGAGAGUCAACGGCAAUGGUGGAAACGGAAAGAGUGAUGGCGUCGCCGGUCCACACAAGCACACGCUUGAGGACAGUGAUCGAGUGAAGAAAAACAGCGUGCAGAGAUGGUUCAUGAAGAACGAGAGAGAGAAAAAGAAAGCACAGGGUGGCGAUCCGGCCAAGAAGACCUACCACAAAAAGGCCACUGGUGCAGCACUCACAACAGUGAAAGCCCAUUCCAAGGAAGAUGAGCUCAAGCUAUAUGGCAGCUGUUUCUGUCCUUUCGUUCAACGUGUAUGGAUCUCGCUCGAGCAAAAGCAGAUUCCUUAUCAGUACAUUGAAGUCGAUCCUUACAAGAAACCCCAAUCACUGCUCGAUGUGAAUCCGCGUGGUCUUGUCCCCGCCAUCCGUCAUGGCCCUUCGUGGUCCACGUACGAAUCCACUGUUAUCAUGGAGUACCUCGAAGAUCUGCACACUGGCCCUGCACUACUACCGUCGCAUCCUCAAGCACGUGCAACGUGCCGCCUUUGGACCGAUCACAUCAACAGACAGAUCGUCCCGUGUUUCUAUCGCCUGUUGCAAGCACAAGAUCAGAAUGACCAGGUGAGUCACGCCGAGGAACUCAGGACAGAGAUCGGAAAGCUCGUGGAUGCAGCCGACAGAGAAGGGCCGUUCUUUCUGGGGAGAGAAUUCGGAUUUGUUGAUGUCCAGAUGGCGCCGUGGGUUCUCCGGUUAAAGAAGGUGCUGGGGCCGUAUCGCGGCUGGCCCGAACCGGAGGAAGGAAGUCGUUGGAAGAAAUGGGUUGAUGCCAUUGAAGGAGAAGGCGCGGUUCGACGGACGACUAGUGACGACGGAUUGUACCUAGACAGCUAUGAGAGGUACGCGGAGAACAGACCAGGUACAAGUCAAGUUGCCAACGCUGUAAAUGCUGGGCGCGGAUUGCCAUGA